AUGAGGUUCACCAUCUUGUCCGUUCUCGCAUUCUCGCUCCCUCUAGUCCUAGCGGAAACCCCCGCUCCCUCCUGUCCAGUGACAAAUGUGACCACUCCCCAGCUGGAUCCCAUCACCCAAGCCUACGCCGACGCAAUCAGUAGCAGACCAUCACUCUUCGCAUUUCCACUUCCCGAGAUACGUGAUGGGUACCAGAGCAACGUAUCAGACCCUUCAACUGAGUUCACUACCAAAAUCCUCUCCCUCCCCGUUGGCCCGACUGGUAAUGUCACUGCUUACCUCUACAAACCGGUAUCCGGCGAGAGGGAGAAGGGGAAGGACUUGUUGCCCGUUAUCGCUUACUUUCAUGGCGGCGGUUGGGUCUUCGGAGGCCCGAAGAGUUACCGGGGGCUCAUCACUAACCUGAUUCGUGAGUCGGGUGCUGCUGUAUUCUUUGUUGAUUACACGCUCACUCCCAAGGUGGCGUAUCCGGUCCCGAAUGAGCAGUGUUAUGCCGCUGUGCAAUGGUUGCUGGAGCAUGGCGAAAAGCUCGGCGUUGACCCGACGAAUAUGGGCUUUGGUGGGGAUAGUGCUGGUGGGGAACUCUCAUCGUCCGUCAGCCUCCUCAGCAUUAAACGCAAAACCCCCCUUCCGAAAUUCCAAGUCCUCAUCUACCCAGCUACCGACCUCGCCUGCGAGAGCGCAACGUUCAAGGAGUUCCCCAAUGGCCCCGGCCUUACCACGGACGAGAUCCGCUUUGCAGCUUCCCUAUUCACGCCAGAUCCGAAGUCAAGGCUUGAGGACGUUGCCAGCCCAGGACGCGCGAGCGACGAAGAUCUCGCUAAGUUCCCGGAAACCCUCAUAGUCGUCGCAGAAGUGGAUCCGAUUAGACAGCAGGGCGAGGAUUUUGGAAGGAGGUUGCAGAAGUUGGGUGUUCGUGCUGCCAUCAUUAGAGUUCUCGGGACCAUUCACGGCUUUGCCAGCAUUGAUGUACUUUCCGAAGCUCCAGGUGCCAAGGCUACCAUUGAGCUUAUAGGGUACAAGUUCAAGAAAGCCUUGCACUAG